GGAGGAGGAGGAGGAGGAGGAGGAGGAGGAGGAGGAGGGAGGGAAUGGUGUAAAGUACAUUACACCCGAGGAGUUCGAGACCGUCAUGAAAACGUUGGAUGAGUACAUCGCGACGUUCCCCAAGGCCCGGACGGGAUUCAUCAUGCGCCAGCAGGCAUCGGAUGCCUCUGACUGGAUGUCUGUGCUCGGGCCAACUGGAGACCACCGCUGGGUCGACCUCAUGGACGACAAGGGCAAGUACAAGGCGCGUCUGUCUCUGCGCUACGAUGAGGGCAUACGCUUGAUGAAUCGGUACACGACGUGGUUUGGCUACAUUGUCUACACCAUCGAUAGGGUCCUCAAAUCAACCCCCUCGCCAUGGGGGAAUGAGAGGCCUGACGCGAUUCCCGAGAACAGUGACCCAUGGCACUUUCAAGACAGGGAGGCCUGGAGUGGCAAUGCUAUACGGAUGAUCCGCAGCAAGGUCAUUAAAUGGGAGGCGGAGCAGCUCAAGUGCAAAUCAGGGAAAGGCUGCAAGCUAAAUCCCUGGCUCCAUAUCUGGCUUGUUGCGGUCCAUUGCGACCCCGGGGACUACACUGGUGGUGGUGUCGAGAAGUUCAGGCCUCAUCUCAGAGAAGACCCUACUGGUAUUGUUCGGGAGGAGAAGGGCUGGGAAGCAUUGAACAUGUCGAUGAAGGACUAUGCUGUCACAGUGCAACAAGCGGUACGUUUUUCACAAUUACAUACCGUGCUGCGCUGAAUGGUGUACUGCAGCUGGAGUUCGCAGAGAAGUGGC